AAAAACGUAUUUUGAAAAAGGCAGAGUUUGAUUGAUAAAAAAGAUAAUGUUGCCUCAUCUAUUAUUAUGAUGUCGUCAACAUGGGACAAAGCGAGACAAGUACGUACAGAGAUCUACAUUUUCCGGCUCUUCUCGUCGGAGGAUCUUUUGCCGCCGUCGCAAUAUGUCUCUCCCUUUUCCUUAUCAUCCAGCACCUCCGUUUCUACACCAAUCCCUCUGAGCAAAAAUGGAUUGUUCCUGUUUUGUUUAUGGUCCCUGUUUACGCCACUGAAUCUAUAAUAUCCUUGUCCAAUGCAAAACUCUCACUGCCUUGUGACAUUUUGAGAAACUGUUAUGAGGCUUUCGCUUUGUACUCCUUUGGAAGCUACCUGGUCGCUUGUCUAGGUGGUGAGAGAAGAGUUGUUGAAUUGCUCGACGAUGAAUCAAGAGAACCAUUACUAGAAGGAGAAGAAAACGAGAGGAAGAAAAAGAAGAAGAAGAAUAAUAAUAGGCAGAGGCAGAGGAACCCAUUAUGGAAGUUCUUGUGUGAACCAUAUGUCUUGGGACCAGAGCUCUUUGUGAUAGAGAAGUUCGGUCUUGUCCAGUAUAUGAUCCUCAAAACCUUUUGCGCAUUCUUGGCAUUCUUGUUGGAGCUUCUCGGUGUUUAUGGUGAUGGUGAAUUCAAAUGGUAUUACGGAUAUCCAUACAUAGCGGUGGUGCUAAACUUCAGCCAGAUGUGGGCUCUGUUCUGCCUAGUUCAGUUCUACAACGUGACUCACGAACGUCUUAAAGAAAUCAAACCCUUGGCCAAGUUCAUCAGCUUCAAGGCCAUCGUCUUUGCCACCUGGUGGCAAGGCUUCGGCAUCGCGCUGCUCUGCUACUACGGCGUGCUUCCAAAAGAAGGAAGGUUCCAGAACGCAUUGCAGGACUUUCUCAUCUGCAUCGAGAUGGCCAUAGCCGCCGUGGCGCAUAUCUUUGUUUUCCCGGUUGAGCCUUACCACUACAUCCCGGUAUCAGAGUGCGGUAAAAUCACGGGGAAGAAGACUGAAGUGAAGCUAGACGAAGGUGGUGAUGUUGUCGAGAAGAAGGAGACUCAUGUCGAAGCAUCGGGAACAAGCAUCAAGGAGAGCGUGCAGGAUAUAGUUAUGGACGGUGGUCAACAUGUGGUGAAGGAUGUGGUUCUUACGAUAAACCAAGCGAUGGGACCGGUUGAGAAAGGUGUGACGAAGAUACAGGAGAAGCUUUUGGAUUCGGAUGGUAAAGAAAAAGAAGAAGCAGAAGUGACCGUUGAGACUUCUGUGGAGAAAAAAGAUCAAUGAGGUGGUAUCAUCAUUACACCAUUAAACACAUGCAUGUGACAUCUCCUUUAUGCUGAUUAUAGUGGUUUAGUUUUUUUUUUUUCCAUGUGUGCAUAUAGUCUCUUGAGAAGUUGAAACUGUGACAUUGCAUGAGACAAAAUCUCAACCAAUGUUUGAGAGAGUUUGUAGUUUACAGUGAAUUAAGUCUUUUCAAUAUACACAACCAAUGUUUGAGAGA